AUGGCGCCUUCAAGAAAGACGGAUCAGACCACAUUGGACAUUGCAGAGAGCAUGAGAGAAGUUGUGCGGCAGAGGAUACUCGUUGAUGAGCAUACUGGUGCGCCACCUUUGUGGCACGACCUGCCAGCUGAACUGCAGAGAGGCAUUGAGAAGGAGCUGAGGAGUCUGGCAAAGCAAAGAGGGGUGGAUUUUUUGGGCAAGGGAGGCCUGAGAAGGAAGGCUCAAAAGUAUGUCCAGACGCUGCAUGAACGAGGCAGGAAGGUCACAAAAGGGAAAGCAGAUCCAGAUUACCAGCAAAUCAUCGAUUCACGUAGGGAGAAGCGGAAGUUUGUUGAGGUAGACUUCACAGAAAGGCCAAGGAAAAUGUCCAAGGCCGACACUGCUGCCCCCAGUAUGUCUGCUCCAUCCCCCCAGCUUCAGGUGCAUCCAGCUGCGCCGUCGUCAGCAGCUCGCAGUCCUCAGCCCCAGCUGCAAACCGCUCCAGUCUGUAGCCCCUCUCCCUCAGCCCACGAGAACCUCUUUCCGGACUGCCCAUCCCCGCAUUUCUUUGAAGGGGAUCCCUCUUCUCCUGCCCCUUCCCCUGCUGCCGUGAGACGCCGGCUCGUCAUUGGACAGUCCCCUGCUCGUCCAGCCGCCCCUGUUUCCCAUUCUUCUGGCUGCGCGCCGCAGUACAGCAUGUCGGCAAUCAAGGAGUUGAUCGAAGCGCUGCCUGAAGUCACCUUCAGUGCAUCAGAUACAAGCUGCAAGUUUGAGCUUGGGAUGGUAGUUCGGUACCACGAGCUUGGCUGGGCCCAGAACGAUUUGUAUGAGUCUGAGCACCUUCUGAGCUACACAGUCACAGUCAAGGAGGACUGGUCUCAGGUCAUUGAUGUACAGGAUAAGAUCGCAACAAUGGCUUUGCAACCAUCGGAGAAGAAAAGCUGUCUGUUACGGAGAAUCCUGGAAGGGGUGAACCGCGCGCAUCGAGAGAAAGAAGAGGCCAAGUGGUUGACACCCGAAGAAGUCCUCGUGUUCGACUCUUUCUUCUUGAAGAGAGUCGCAGAGGAGUUUGGGAUUGCAGAGAAGAGCAGUACUCGACGGGUGCAUGCUCCUAUGGAAGAGAUCCUACGAUUUGCUCGCGUAGCGCGGCGGCAGCUCUCUGUCGACGACCUCUUCUCAUACCGGUACUGGCUGCUCCCAUUCUGCGACAGGCUUCACUGGAGCCUGCUCAUUCUCGUGAACGAGAAGGGGCUGGUUCAUGGGUCCUCUCCAAGAUUUGGGUGCAUCGAAAGUGGAUCGGAGAGAGGGCGCUCAGAAACGGCCUCCUUCCUCAGUUCCAGGCUUCGUCCCUGCCCUGCACCAAAGCUCUAG